AUGGAGGGCUUCAAAUUUAUUGGUCUUGACAAGGCUCCUGGUGUGGAUGGGUACAAUGCUACUUAUUUUAAAGAAGCAUGGCCAGUGAUUCAAGUUGAUGUUAUAGCAGUUGUGGAGGACUUCGUCGCAACAUGUACCAUGUAUAGACUUGUCAAGUGCACAACAAUUACUCUAGUUCCCAAAACAGCUCAACCUCAUAUUGAGCCUUUUGGUGCAGCAAGAGGGCUUAGACAAGGAGAUCAUAUGUCUCCGUAUUUAUUUGUCAUUGCCAUGGAAUAUCUUAGUAGAUGUUUGAAUGUGCUACGAGGGAAUAAGGGCUUCAAGUUUCAUCCUAAAUGUGCCAAACUGAAUAUUACUCAUUUAAGCUUUGCGGAUGACCUGAUGCAAGCUAAGUUGCUCACAAAAGAGAGGUUUCUGAAAUGGGGAGCCAAGGUUGGACUUGCUACUUGGAUGCAGAUGUCGUAUGACAUAGGUGGGGACUGGCAGCAACACCUUUUCUGGGUUCUAAAGAAUGCAAAGGGGAAAACAACAAGGGCUCAGAGUUUCAGAAUGGUGUAUGUUGAACUUAUCUAUGCAAUAUAG